AUGCACUUCAAGAACACCUUCUUGCUGGCUUCGGCCCUGACUGCGAGCACCGCUGUCGCUCGUCGUCACGGCCAUGAGCGCCGUCACGCUCACAAGGCCGAGAUUGAGGAGCCUCAGCUUCCCACCGUUACCGAUGCCCCCAAGAUUGAGGAUCGUGCCGUCGGCGAUAUCGUGACUGCCACUAUCGAUGGUGUCCUGGAGACCUGGAUCAACGAGUGGUCGGGUCAGGUUGCUGCUGAGUCCUCCUCAUCUUCGUCCUCCACCAUUGUCGUCCCGACUACCACCGCGGCUGCCGUUCCCGAGUUCACUGCUACCCCCAGCCAAGUCGAGUCCACCGUGACUCCCGUCCCUACCUCCUCUACCUCCGGUGGUAGCUGGUAUGAGGUCCCCUCCAGUGGCUCGUACUCUAGCUCUGGAUUCGGCGGUCAGUCCAAGAGCAAGACCACUGGUCUCCUCGACUGGGACUACGUCGGUAACGUCGGUAUCCCCUGGGGUAGCAACAUCAUCCAAGUCGAUGAGGCCGAUGCCAACCAGUACAAGCACGUCAUGCGUUUCGAGGGCAGUGAGACUGAGCCCUGGACUGUCGUGUUCUGGAACACCUACGGCCCCGACGGCAAGAUGGACGGCUUCUGGAAGCCCAACGCUGCUCUCUCUUUCACUCUCGAGAAGGGUGAGGUCAAGUACGUCGCUGUUGACGACAACUCCCAGGGUGGCUGGGCUGCCGCCCCUGGUGAGGACAUCCCUACCACCAACUUUGGCCAGUAUGCCGCUACCUGGGGUGAGUUUGACAUGAGCAGCGAGAAGAACGAAUACUACUCCGGCUGGGACGUUUCCUGCAUUAUCGCCGAGCUCAAUGGUCUCGACAUCCAGGGUAUGCGUAUCUGUAACCACAUGGGCGGUGACUGCUCCUACAUCGGCAAGGGUCUCGUUGGCCUCCUCAGCGCCUACACCUCUGCCGACCAGGGCAAUGACCACUUGGCCAUCGCCCAGGCCCCAGGUGCCGUCCGUCUUGUCGUCACUCUCGACUACGUCGAGUAA